CAGUCUCAAGAGCAGACGCGAGGAAUCGAGCGCGUCUGCGGCUCUUUAAGCAUCAUAUUAUUUCUUUGUUCUUCACAAUGAGGAGACCGUCUCAUAGCAACAUUAUUCAAGAGACACCUUGGUCUCAAAUGCCAAAACUUAAGAUAACAGAAGCUGGCAUGUUCCAGACAGUGGAAGAAAAAAUUACCAGAAUGAACAGAGCAUUGUUAAAAUCUGCACCACUUAACGUUCCAGAAAUCCAAGAUCGGACUUCAAUAUACAAAGUCAACAAAGGUUUUUUUACUGUAAAUGCGAAGAAUACAAUGAUUUCCAACUAUUUAGCUCUACCCAUUUUAUCAGGCAAAAACAGAUACUUAGCUGACAAAAUCAUUGAAGAGGUUCAUCGAGAAUUUGCUGAAAAGAACACUAAGAAAUCAAAACGUUGCAAAAUGGAUCCGAUUGGAUUUUCACCAUUUAAACCCUUGUUAAGGGAGGAAACGACCAGUCUUGAGGAAAAGAUGCCUAAAAAAAAGAAACCUGUAGUACGCCGUCAUUUAAAAAAACAUGAGGAUGGGGAAGCUUUUAUUGUGGAUGAAGAUACACACAUAACAAGGACAACUGAUGAGGGGCAUCAGCUAAAAGAGAAAAUUACAGAUGAUAGCCUGAAGUGCCUAACAUUUGGAGAUUUGAAUAAACAGCUCACUCAGUACAUUCUGGGGAAGUUGGAAGGAAAAGCUGCAAAAAUAGUUUUACAGACUUGUGCACAAAAGGAAGCAAAAAGAUUUCAGGAAGCAGGAGAUCAAGCACGGAACAUCUUAAAACAUGCUUGCUAUGUCCCUUCAACCCAUUUUAGCAAAACGGCAGAUUGCAGAAGGAGGACACGUCCUGUGAAAGUCAGAUUGGUACCCAAUAUAUAUGCAACCAACCUUGAAUACAUGGUGCACCAAAAGGAAAAUCUUGAGCAGGUCUUAAGAAUAAGACAACUUGCUCCUACUGCUUGUCAGCAAACAGCAUUCUGCAUGUAAUGGUGUGGCUCUCAAGCAACCACAAACUGAGGAUUAGUUAUGGAUUGUUACCAGAGCCGUACCAUAUUGUGUUGUUCAGUGAAUAAAUGACUAUUAGUGUCCACUAUUAGGAGAUUAGAAACUCCAAAGAGCAAAGAGAAAAUGUGAAAUUCUGCAUGAAACUGGGCAAAUCUACCACAAAGACAUUUAACAUGAUUCGUCAAGUUUAUGGCGAUGCUGCAAUGAGUCGUUCAUGGUGUUUCGAGCGGCAGGCACAGUUCAAGAGUGGAAGAACCUCACUGGAAGACGAAAUCAGGAGGACUUAAAAAAAAACCCCCGAAAAUAUAGAAACCAUUUGCCAACUUGUGCAUGAUGAUCGUCAGAGAACAAUUCACAACCUUACGGCCAUUUCCGGUGCAUCAUACAGAACAGUCUAGACAAUCCUCACCAUGCUUCCGAGUUCGUCCCCAGGCAGGGAGGAGAAGGAGCUCAGCAUCUACAGGAUCUAGUUCUUCUCCGUCAGCGUGCCACGGAUUACCGUCCUUCAUGUCGAGGAUCAUUGCUGGUGAUGAAACUUGAGUGUCUUGGUUCAACCCUGAGAGCAACAGUCUUCACAGUGGAAGAGCCUAUAAACUCCACAGCAGCUUGACCAAGUGUAUACUCUUUUUCGAGAUUCAGAGCUUUGUGUUUCGAGAAUACAUCCCCAGGGGCCAGACCGUCAAUAACGAGUUCUGCUGCCAGGUUUUAAGAUGUCUGAGGGAGGACUUUCGGUGAAAGCGACCAGGUCUGUGGUGCCCAGGUCUCUAAACUUUUUGAUAUCACUUCGUAAACAUCCUGCUUUAAAUAUCUUCA